AUGCUCAACGCCAAGUUCUACUCCUCGCUCGGCAGCAAGUAUGAGGAUGCUUUCGCCCACGAUGCCGGGCUCAUCAGCUUCAUCCAGACUGUUCUAUCGGACAUGCCCCCACAGGCCCUAGUCCUAGACGUCGGCUGUGGUACGGGCAAGCCGGUAGCUAGUAGUCUGGCUGCAGCUGGACAUCGCAUCCUUGGCAUCGACAUCUCCCCAGCCAUGGUUGAAUUGAGUCGCAAGGCAGUGCCAAGUGGUACCUUCGACGUCGCAGACAUGCGCAACUACGUACCGCCUGAGGGAAUUCGUCUCGAUGCCAUUUUCAACAUCCUCUCGCUCUUCUUGCUGGAUAGAGAAGGGAUUGAAUCCAUGGCGGAGAAAUGGAGCUCGUGGUUACCGGCUGGUGGCCUAUUGUGUAUCUGCACAAUGGCAGCUGAGGAUUGUUCCCCUGAUGAGAAGGGUAACGGCUACGACGCGGACGGUCUGUGUGCGAGAGACAUCGGAAUCAGGUUCAUGGGCGCGCAGACUUUCAUCACAUUGUUCACACGAAAGGGCUGGGCGGCCCUGCUAGAGAAGCAAGGAUUCGAGAUCGUGAAAACAAUGACGGAAAUGCAUGCACCGCCUGAAGAGGCUGACAGCGACCCUGAGCCACAUCUUUUCAUUGUAGCGAAGAAAAAAGUUUGA